AUGAGAGAAAGGGAGAGACGGCAAAGAAACGGGGAUGAUUACCUUCUUUUUGGGGCUCUAAAAGGACGGAGAGCCACCCACGAGCAAACAGACGAAGAAAGAGAAGAGAAUAAGAAAAGAAGCGAAGAGAAGAAGAGAAGAGACGAGCGAGGGGGAAGAGGAAGAAGAGGAGGAAGAAGAAGAGAUGAAGGGAUGAGGUUGGGAGAAGAAGAAAGGACGUCAAAAGAUAAGUGUGGUCUGUGCCGUGUUUGGGUCAGCUUUUACUUCGACUCCACCGCGAAAAGGGAAAAAAAAGAGCAGCCAGAAGGAGAAGAACAACCAGGCUGA